AAAAAAAAAAUUGACACUUGCAUUUUUUUGCUUUCCUUUUUUACACUUUUUUUUUUUCUUAAUGUCAAAAACUGUUGACAAUGACAAUUUACUAAUGUCUUCCAUGACUAAUUUAGAAACAAACAAAAAGAAAAAGAGUAAAAAGAAGAAGAGCAAAAAGUAUAGAGUAGAAUGUCACCGUUGUCAUGAUUCUUUCGAAACGACUGAAAAAGUAGUCGAUCGAUAUACCUGUCAAAAGUGUCAAUCUAAACCAGCCUUGAUCAUAUUACCUCUCAAGAAGACGACGAUGCCUAACUUAUCCUCUCUUUCAUUACAAGAAGACGACGAAGAUAUCUGUCCGGUAUGUGAUACGGACUGUACAUGUGGAACAAGUGCAGCUAUGGAACCAGCAGCAGAUAAACCCAAAGAAGACGAUGUGGUCGAAAGAGUAGGCAUCACAAUGAAAAAGAAGCAAAAGAAAAGGUCGAAAAAGAAAAAGAAACACACUCAAGAUAAGAUCGUAACAAAUGUUAUUCAGAGGAUAAAGGAGGGAGACGAAGAUGAAGAUGUGAUUGUGGAUGAUCUGGAUGAUUUACUAGAUUCGAUGUCACCGUUAUCAAACCAGGAAUCAGAGCAUGAGAUUAUUGAUGAGAAGGAGCUAUUUACAGAUGAAAGUGAGCCUAUUGACUCAGACGAUGACGAAGAUAUUGAAGCAGCUGAAACUCAAGCAAUUAUAGAGGAUAUGACAUUGAAUACAGACGAAGAUAGUAAUAGUGACAGUGAAGAAAUUAUGUAUAUAGAAGAUGAAGAUCUUGAUGAUAAUGAAGACGAAGAAGAAGAGGAAGAAGACAAAUAUGAAACAAGAGUGAGUUCGUGGUCAAGCUCAGAUGAUGAAGAAGAUGAGGAUGAAUUUUCAUUUUCUGAGCAAGAGACUUCACAGACAAUGGAAAAUGAAAAUAUUUACGACAAUAUUGUAUCAGCAUUCAUGCACGCUUUAGCACCGAAUGAUCCAGGCGGAGCUGAAUCUACAGGAGCAAAUACACCCAUUGCAAGUGAAGGAGAACAGCUAUCAGCUUUUGAGCUGGCAAAUGCACUCAGUCUAAUUUCAUCGCUUGAAUCAACAAAGCAAAUGGAUAUCUUAAGAAGGCCUUCAUUACCGAGCAGUACAGUUUCUGCAGCCCAAAGGCAUCGAGGAUCUCAAGAUAUUACAUCCGAAGCACUUCGUACCUUAUCCACCAUCAUUUCCGACGAUCUUUCCCUUUCAUUUGACACAACGCAUGCAUCAUCUUCCUCUACCUCUUCCUCUUCUUCAUCUCAUAUAGACACGACAUCUUUGCAUAUUCAAGAACAACUAUUCGAUUUCAUCAAGCAAUCAAUAACUCCAGUGACAAUAGAUAAUAAAAAACGACACUCAAAAUCAGACGAAACAAACGAUCAACAUAAAAAGCGUAGACUGAGUCAAGCAGGUGGAGCAGAAGAGGCACAGGAAGUGUCUAUGGAUGAUCUAGUAGACGUAUCACAGCUUCACUCUGAUGAUGAAAGUAAUGACCAAGACCAUCCAUAUUCAAAGGAUUUAAGUAGAUGGGAGCGUAUUCCAAUCGGUGCCUUUCGUUUGAUGAGAUCAAAAAAUAAACUUUGGCUCGAACGUUAAAAUACUUUUUAUUCCUUUUUUAAUGCUGCUUGUCUCCAUCUUUCCUCUCUUUCUGCUUUUAAUUUUGCCAAUGUAUCUUUGACAUCAUCUGGUGUUGUAGGUGGUUUAUGUGUUGCUUCGUAGUCUGGCCAGAAUUUGAUACCUUUUACAUACUUGUCAUAAAAUUCUGGUCCACCAAAGUAUAGCAUGGUGCCUACUGGAAAGAAUACAUAUAUUCCAAACUAUGAUUUUUAGCUUUUAUGAUCCAAUCAUCACUUUUCUUACUUUGAUAACUUCUAAGCGUGGUCCACCCAUGGCAAAGUAAAAUAAAAAAAAGACGAAUGAUUCUAUAAAAAAUUUCAUGGACUUUAAAAACCAUAGAAGGAUAAUU